AUGGCGAUGACGGCGCAUCCGUCUACGGUUGAUGCAGCAGAAGAUCGUGAAGAGAACGAUGAUAGUGAAGCCGAUGAUGGCACCUACCAUGGCACCAAUUUCGGCACUGGUCAAACCAUCGUGGCUCCGGACAUGGAGCACGUGGUCUGGCAUAGGAGCCAUGCUAUGAUCGAACCGAGCCAACACGUUUGUGAACUGAGCGAUGGCCACAACGGCGUAGAACUUGAUAGAGGGUAUGAUGCUGAUGAAGAAAGACGGGAUGAAGGCUACAAACGUGGCGCGGGACUUAAGCCAUAUAAGAAUUAG